AUGCCGCUCGAUACCUCAACAACUUACCCUUUGACUAAGCUGCGCCUGGACGGCCGCCGCUGGAAUGAACUGCGUCUACUUCAAGCGCAGAUCUCCACGAACCCUGCCAGCUCCGGCUCUUCAUACCUGUCUAUGGGCAAUACCGCAAUCAUGUGCUCCGUUCACGGUCCGGCUGAGGGUCGUCGUGGCGACGCCAGCGGUGCAGGAGGCAGCGCAGGUGCUAUCGUCGACGUGGAGGUGAACGUUGCCGGGUUUGCUGGUGUGGAUCGCAAGCGGAGGGCUGGAGGAAGUGACAAACAAUCUUCACGAAUCGCAACCACCUUGCGCUCUGCCUUCCAAUCGCACCUGCAUACCUAUCUCUACCCACACAGCACGAUCAGUAUCCAUGUAUCCGUUCUCUCCGCCGACGGCUCCUUGCUCGCCGCCGCAAUCAAUGCCUGCACCCUGGCACUCGUGGACGCAGGUAUUCCCAUGCCCGGUCUACUCUGCGGCUGCACCGCCGGCAUGAGCGGCAGCGCCUCCACACCGCGGGACCCACGACACGACGAACUCGACCCCUUGCUCGAUUUGUCGCUCCCCGAAGAGCAGGAGCUGCCGGUAUUGACCGUUGGUACUACGACCUCGGUUCCCGUGGGAGAAAACAAUAUGGACGACGAAGAGGGAGAUAUGAAGGUAGCCGUGUUGACGAUGGAUUCAAAGCUGCACUAUACCUAUAUUGAGACCAUGCUGGCAGUGGGCAUGGACGGGUGCAACCAGAUCCGUGAGCUGUUGGAGGGGGUGAUUAAAGGCUCCAGCCGGGCCUAA